AUGCAGCCCUCUGAGAUGACAGAACGAAAAUACCAAGAAUUUCUUUGUAACCUCAAUGUUCCAUAUGCACAGAGAAAGGUAGCUCUCUUUCAGAAAUCUCGUGCUCCAGGAACUUGCGAAGGGAUACUUAAGCGAAGCGAGUAUUUAGACUGGCUAGAGGGUGAUGCAUCCAAGCUUCUUCACGUUACUGGACCUCCAGGUUCCGGAAAAUCAACCAUGUUUGGGUUCCUUAUCGAAAAACUGGAAUUGAAGAGAAAGCAUCAUUCGUUUGCCAGGCCAACAACAGUAACAUAUCAUGCUUGUGGCAGUAGCCCCCCGCUGGAAAUAGUCCGUGUACUCCUCUUUCACCUGUUGGAAGAUAAGCCAGAAACUUUCAAAUUCAUCCAGCAACACUUUGAAACUCAUGGAACGAAUCUUUUUGGCGACUUCCAGACACUAUGGAAGAUAUUUUGUCAUAUUGUGGAACAUCCUACCCUGGGCAAAGUCUUUGUUCUUCUUGAUGGCCUCGACGAAUGUGAGGGAGGGCGCGAAUUUUUCUCCGCUCUCCGGGAUCAAUUCCUUCGCUUGCAAUCGAGUGGAAACGCCACCAUGAAGCUUUUCGUAACAUACAGACCCGGCACAGAGCCUGAGGUGGUCCUCAAAGAUGUAGGGAGGCAUUUACGCAUUGACGCCACGAUCAACAACGAUUUGAACCGGUUUAUCGAAUGGAAACUGCAGGAUCUCUCAAAACAGCAACACUUGCCUGUUGAUCUGAAAAGCCAGUUACGUGAAAUUCUUACGAAACCUGACAAUACCUUCAUUUGGGUAUCUCUUGUUCUGGAAGAGAUUUCACGGCUACCUAAGAAUGCUCUGGCCGGGCAAAUCCACUAUUUACCUCGAGAAUUGCACAAUUUGUACGACAUGAUACUGUCUCGGAUUGACCCCAUGGGCGGAGAUUACCGGCUUUCUGCUUUACAAUGGAUCGUAUGUGCACAAAGAACACUGAAAUUCGAUGAGCUCGCCAUAGCGCUUACACCGACUUGGGACGAACUCGAAACGGGCACUAGACCACCAGCCCAUGUGGUUCAAGCGCUGGAGGGAUUCUUGAUGUCUUACCGAUCUCUGAUUCAUGUUAAUCCCGUCAGCAAAACCGUGGCGCUCGUGCACUCUUCCUUGAGGGACUUCCUUCUGAAGCGACAACACCGAGUAUAUUCCAUAAGCUACGACGCAACAAAUCUGCACAUCUUGGACACUUGUUUGAGGUAUCUCAGCAGAGAGGAAUUCAAAUCGAUUCCAACACAUGUGCACCGCAACACUACAAACUACAGACCAUUCAAUCGGAAAGCAGCGCUUCAGGACCAUCUUCUAGCACACCCUUUUCUCGAAUAUGCGGCCCUCCAGUGGCCUGCACAUGCACAUGCAGCAAGCUCGAAACUUGCUCUACGUAAAUGGGACUAUGAUUUUUUUGGAGAGAAUGCUAAGUCACUCAAUGCCUGGGUACAGAUAUACUGGGCAUUCAAAAGGCCAUUUGAUGACCCUCCUGAGUUUACCGCCCUUCAUGUCGCCGGCCUGUUGGGCCUUGACGCCCUGUUGAACUGGCUCCUAGAGAAAAACCCACCAGCGGUCACUUUUGAUAUCGACAAAAAAGACACAACGGGCAGCACCGCACUGCACUGGGCUACCAGAAAUGGACACAUGGGAACAGUAAGGAUGUUGAUCGACCAAGGCGCUGCUAUCGAUGUCACAGACAAUGAGGAGAGAACACCUCUAGCAGGGGCCGCAACAAAUGGUCAUGACAUGAUUGUAGGCGUUCUACUGGCACACGGAGCUACCGUUGAUUUUCCGUCGACCUCACCAACCACACCUAUUCACCUAGCAGCCAGAAAUGGGAAAGCCACUGUGUUAAAGCUAUUUGAAGCUGUCUCCGGGGCAGGUUUAGACACCCGUGACAAAAAAGGCCGGACGCCACUAUCUUGGGCGGCAAUGCAUGGUCGCCUCUUUGCAGUAAAGACCUUGUUAGAGCUCGGGGCAAACGUUCACUCAGUAGAUAGCGAACAUACCCGGACAGCUCUCCACUGGGCAGUUGUGGGUGGCUGCGAAGCAGCAUCUCGCCAGAGUCUACUCGAUGACGGUGUUGAUAUUCAUAUGGACCUUGACGAUGAAGGUCAAGAUGAUCUAGAUAGCCGGAACUAUUCCAAAGUGGUUCGCGUUUUGUACGAAGCUGGUGCAGAUCUCAAUGCUCGGGAUACAACGCAGUCUAUAUCGCUCCACUACGCUACAGAGAUGCAACAUCAAGAUUUGCAAAGUUUGCUGAUCAAGCUGGGUUCAGACGUUGAUAUGAAAAACGCACAGAACAAAAGUUCAGCUCAGCUGGCGUGGGAUCGGAAACGUCUGGAUUGGUCCCUCUACAAACAAGACCAGGAACUGACGAGUGAAUUGAGCGAGGCGGGCAACUCUGAGGUCGCUGUUCUUCGCCGUAUCAAUGAUAUUUUCGAUGGACCUGAGAUCAUUUUUCGAAAGACACCCAAAACAGUAGUAGUCAAAAAUAUGAGACGCAAAAAGCAGAUGCAAGAGGUAAAGAAGAUACGCGAGAGACUUCAGGCGUGCUUUCUACGAGAACACAAAAUACUACAAAAGAUCAAUCAUCCUAAUAUUGUCUCAUAUCUCGGAUACGAUGAGGACCCAGAAACCAAAACCUGUUCUCUUUAUCUGGAGUUUUGCAAUGCUAGGGACUUGUCCGAUUAUGAGACGUGGGGCAAUGGACAUAUGGAUGCUUCCUGCCCGCAAGGUAGCAUUCCAAAUGAACAAUGCGGUGCAUCUGAAGAGGGAUCUGCCUCUGGGGUUGAAGAUGCAGUUCUACAAGAAAGUGAGGUUUGGUCAUUUAUUUUUCUCUUGGCAGCUGCAAUAGCCUAUUGUCACCAUGGGCUUUCGAUGAGGCAUGUUAGAAAUCUCGAUGAGGCUGAGUUUGGCUUCGAGCCCGACUGGUCCUGCAUUCUUCAUCGAGAUAUUAAGCCCCGGAACAUUGCACUACACAUCCAGAGUGACGGAACCAGAAUUCCGAAACUCUGCGACUUGGGAUUGUCCAAGCAACUGAUACCGGAAAUGGACACCAACACCGAUGACAAGCCUCGGACCGUAAAGAGUGAUAUUUAUUCAUUUGGAGCAACAUUUAACAAUCUUGAUAUUGCGGCAUGGUCUACGGAGCUGGAGUCAUUACUCGAAGCUUGUUUGUCGUCUGAAGGCUCUGAUAGACCAAGCAGCUUUUGCAUUCUUCAAAUUGCGUGGGGCCACAUCAGUGCGGACUUGAGAAGGCGAUAUAGCUCUUUGCCAGAACUCCUCGGUUCCAGAUUUUUGCUUGGAGCGUUCGAAGUGAUUGCAGGCCAAUUGGACUCCGAAAAUGGAUUGGAGACGAGAUUGGCUCGUCAACAGAGAGAGAAACUCCUCAAGCGACUUGGGUGGCUCUCUAGAGAUGGGGCAAUCGAGCUCUUUCGAAAACAUGGAAAAUCACUUCAUCUUGCCGUCCUCCUAGGGGAAGAUGCCAAGGUUCAAGAAUUAUUGAGAGAUGCUACCGAGGCAAGUGUUAAUAAAGGAUGGGGCAAGUCUGGAUGGACCCCACUACAUCUAGCGGCGCAGAAUGAUAAUCUCGGAAUUGUGGAGAUGCUCCUAAAGUCUGGGGCAGACAAAGGGGCCAUAGACGAAUUCGGACAUGUUCCAUACUACUAUGCGUCAAAUGGGGGUUAUAAAUGGAUGGAUAUCAUUGCUCAUUCUGCCAACUAA